CCGGCGCCUGCCCAGGAGGAAGUCCCCCGGGCCGGGCGGCCGCGGGCCCAUGAACAGCCGGGCCCCAGGGACGCUGGCCGUGGGGAGAGUGAAAUUCUUCAGCCGGCACCGCGGGGAGGUCAACUCCUCCGCCUUCUCUCCCGACGGCCAGAUGCUGCUCACAGCCUCCGAAGAUGGCUGUGUGUAUGGCUGGGAGACCCAGAGUGGGCGGCUGCUGUGGAGGCUGGGUGGCCACACAGGCCCCGUGAAGUUCUGCCGCUUCUCUCCUGAUGGCCGCCUCUUUGCCAGCACCUCCUGUGACUGCACCAUCCGCCUGUGGGAUGUGGCAGAAGCCAAGUGUCUGCAGGUCCUAAAGGGUCACCAGCGGAGUGUGGAGACGGUCAGCUUCAGCCCUGACUCGAAGCAGCUGGCAUCGGGUGGCUGGGACAAGCGGGUGAUGCUCUGGGAGGUGCAGUCUGGCCACGUGCUUCGCCACUUAGCAGGGCACCGAGACUCCGUCCAGAGCAGUGAAUUCGCACCCAGCUCAGACUGCCUGGCCACUGGCUCCUGGGACGCCACCAUACGCAUCUGGGACCUGCGGACGGGGACCCCAGAGGUCUACCAGGAGCUGGAGGGCCACAGUGGCAACAUCAGCUGCCUGUGCUACUCAGCGUCUGGCCUCCUGGCAUCUGGCUCCUGGGACAAGACCAUCCACAUCUGGAAGCCCUCGACCAGAAGCCUGCUCCUCCAGCUCAAGGGCCACGUCACCUGGGUGAAGAGCAUAACCUUCUCCCCUGAUGGGCUGCAGCUGGCCAGCGCUGGCUACUCGCGCAUGGUCAAAGUCUGGGACUGCAACACGGGAAAGUGCAUGGAGACGCUGAAGGUGAGGCCUGUGGCUGAGGCACCCAAAGGUGCGUGGGCGGACCUGGCAGGGGAGGCCGGGGUGGACAGGACUCACUGCCAGAGCCCAAGGCCGUGCUGUUGGCAGGGAGUCCUGGACGUGGCCCAUGCCUGCACCUUCACCCCAGAUGGGAGGCUCUUAGUGUGUGGAGCUGCAGAUCAGGCAAGAUGCCAAGUCCACCGCAGUCAAAUCACCCAGGCUCUCUCGAAGAUGACACCACCUCGGAUGGCUCCUGGACCUCAUGCCCUGCGUCUCCCUGCCCAAGGCGCAAGGGGCCCGGUGGAAUGAACCUGGGAAAGGACAGUCAGGCAGCCCUCCACCACAGGCCCAAAGUCACCACCACAGGGCACCCAAUGAUCACUGUGGUCAGAACCGUGUGGGCCCCAGACCAGGGCGGCUGACGCUGCGCAGGCAUGCUGACAUCCACCCGGCACCUGGUAACCAUGACCAGGGCCACGCCAGCCCCUCUCCAGCCCGGUUAGUUGA